AUGAAGUUCUCUUUCGCUGCCCUUGUCUUUGGCGCCUCGUGCGCCAUCGCCAGUAAGCUCCCGCGACAUCCCCACUCUUCCCAAUUUGGCCCUCUGGUCGAGCGCAACCUCGCCGAGCGCCAGGUCGCAGGCGCCUGCUUCGUCGUAGGCAAGACGGCACUCCCCAAGGAGGUUUCGGACGCGGCCGCGUCCAUCGGCCCCAAGGUCACGUGCAACGCCGCCGUCAAGACGCUCAACGGCGUGCCCGACGUUACCGAGGGCACCACCUCGUUCAGCAAGAUCAACUUUGCCAACUCCAACCUGUCGCCGCUGGCGUUUGCGCUCGAAACCUUCAAGACGGCUACGCCGCUCGCCAGCACGGACCUCAAGAAGUUCCAGGCGGAAGUGGACGUCUACACGGCCACCGAAGCCGGCAUCCGCUCCGUCGGCGGCAACUUCGCCACCAUCAAGAUCCCCAAGUUCUUCUUGGCAAUGCAGAUCAGCAGGAUCCAGACGGCCCAGGGCAACCCUCCCAAGAACGCCGCCCAAGACAUCGAUCACCUGAGGGACAAGGUCCUGAAGAACGCGCCCAGGGAGAGCAAGGCACUGCUGGACCAGGUCAGGGAGCUUGCUACCAUCCGUGCAUGA